AUCAUGUCCUUCCUUUGGUACCGCCCACCUCCGACCCAGUUCGUUCGUCUUCGUCGUCUCUGCCCUCCCUCCACUCUUUCCUUCCGCGUCCAUUCUCUAUUAUAUCUCUUUAUCGGGAGAUUCGGGAUCGAGACGGGGCCGUGAGAAAGAAACGAGAGAGAAAGGAAGGAGGAAGAAGAAGCGGAGAGAUGAGCAGCGCGGCGUUGGGAGCGCGGACGCGGGUGGGCAAGUACGAGCUGGGGAAGACGCUGGGAGAGGGCAGCUUCGCCAAGGUCAAGUUCGCCACCAAUGUCCAGACCGGGGACACCGUCGCCAUCAAAAUCCUCGACAAGGAUCAGGUCCUCCGCCACAAGAUGGUCGAACUGAUAAAACGAGAAAUUUCUGCUAUGAAGCUAAUCAAGCAUCCAAAUGUUGUUCAGAUCUAUGAGGUAAUGGCCAGCAAGACAAAGAUAUACAUUGUUCUUGAAUUUGUUAAUGGUGGCGAGCUCUUUGACAAAAUUGUCAACCAUGGGAGGCUAAAAGAAGAUGAAGCAAGGAGAUAUUUCCAACAAUUGAUAAAUGCUGUUGAUUAUUGUCAUAGUAGAGGUGUAUACCACAGAGACCUAAAGCCUGAAAAUUUACUUCUGGAUUCAUAUGGUAACCUUAAAGUUUCUGACUUUGGCUUAAGUGCAUUUGCACCACAAAUACGGGAGGAUGGGCUGCUACAUACUGCAUGUGGAACUCCAAAUUAUGUUGCACCUGAGGUGCUCGAUGAUAAAGGUUAUGAUGGUACUGCUUCUGAUGUAUGGUCUUGCGGUGUAAUUCUGUUUGUCCUUAUGUCUGGUUACUUGCCCUUUGAUGAGCCAAACCUCAUGGCUUUGUAUAACAAAAUUUUUAAGGCAGACUUUUCAUUCCCAUCAUGGUUUUCUUCCAGUGCAAAGAAAUUAAUUAAACGUAUUCUAGACCCAAAUCCUCAUACUCGCAUGACACUUCCACAAAUUUUAGAAGAUGAAUGGUUUAAGAAAGGGUAUAAGCCACCAUAUUUUGAAGAAGGCGAAGUUGUGAGCCUUGAUGAUGUCGAUGCCGUUUUCAAUGAUUCAGAGGAACAUCUUGUAACAGAAAAGAAAGAGAAACCAGAGAUGAUGAAUGCAUUUGCACUUAUUUCAAGAUCACAAGGUUUCAAUUUGGGAAAUUUGUUCGAAAAGCAGAUGGGUGUCAUCAAGCGGGAGACCCAUUUUGCUUCUCAGUGCCCUCCUAAUGAGAUCAUGUCUAAAAUAGAGGAAGCAGCUAAGCCUUUGGGUUUCAACGUGCGCAAACACAACUACAAGAUGAAGUUAAAAGGAGACAAAAGUGGAAGGAAGGGCUAUCUAUCUGUAGCAACAGAGGUUUUUGAGGUGGCUCCUACUCUCCACAUGGUUGAGCUGCGUAAAACUGGAGGGGACACAUUAGAGUUUCACAAGUUCUACAAGAGUUUUUCCUCGGGGCUAAAAGAUAUUGUAUGGAAGUCCGAAGCAGUUGCAGAAGAGAUCAGUUGAGUUUCAAAAUGGUUUUGGAUAUACACACAGAAAGAAUGUAAGUCUUCGUGGUCCCUCUUCAUUUUUCUUCGGAACUCCAUGAGAGCCAUGUUUGCAGGUAAUAUCAUGGCAUUAUCGUAGCAGUAGUAGGUAAAUUGCCUAUCAGAACUGGAGGCCUUUUUGGUGGUGAAAUGUAGCUAUAUUGUACAUGGUUCUUGUGGGAAACACUUCAAAGAAUGAGUCCGUCAUUUUGUUCAAAGAGACAGCACAUUGAUUCCUCGUAUUCUUUCAGUUGCCCAACAGAAUACAACGGGGGAGACUAGCUAGCUCUCCCUUUUCAGUUGUUAUAGGUUAAGAAUUUCUCCACUUUUAGUCUUGACUGCAAAUGCAAAAAAUAUAUAUGAGGAUUGAGUAACACAAGAUGGUUAAUAUUGUCAUGAGUGAUGUGCUACAAAAUGACUCUCUUGUACAAUUUUGUUGUGAUUAGUUUCUGCAAUUGCCUUGAACCUUGUAUUGCAAAUCAGCAUUCUUCUUAAAUAGCCAUUUCAUGACAUGGCAAAUUGGAGAUAA